ACCACGCUUGCUCUUAUCCUUCCAUAUAUACUCCCAACAAAAUACAGCGCCAACUCAGUCAUUUCCGCAAGCUCAACUAUCAUAUCACAAUCGACGAAUCCCUGAGAUCUUCUUCGAUCUCCACAUUUACGGAUCUGUUGCCCAACAGAUUCGACUAAAAUGGAAGGAGGAGCGUCGGCGAAAGUUAAAAUCGGGCGGUGGAAGAAGCAGAGGGGUUACAGGAGGAUAAGCGAAGUGACCGGAGAAGCGCGGCGGAGCAAGCGGCGGUUCUGGAAAAUUCCGGCCCGAUUCAAGCUCCGGAUGAACCUCCGCUUCUCUCCGAAAAAGCUCCUGAUCAGAAUCAGAGACGCUUAUGUGAAGAUGAUGCUGAGGAUUGCCAACUCGCCGGGCGUCGCCGGGUUCGCCGGCGGCGGCGCGCCGGGAUUCGGUUCCCGCGAACUCAGGGAGUACGAUGAGAAGAUGCUGGUCCAGAUCUACAGGUCCCUCCUCGUGUCCCAAUCUCAGGCCGAUAAGAAUGGCCUGCCGCCGAUUUAUUUGAAAUUUUUUGAGAUCCGAGAGGCAGGAGGUGAGGCGGCGGUUAGAGGUAGCCGCGGAGCAACAAGGCUGCGGUCGGAAUGGUUUGAAGCAACAAGGAACGAGUCUAGAUCUAAAACUUCGAUUGCACGGACAAAAUGAAGGAAUGGUUUUGAAGCUUCGACAGUUUGUG